AUGUCGCACAAUGUGUUCGGAACAUUCAUUACGGAGAUUCCUCCAAGUACUAUAUGUAUGGAUCUUCCACCUCCCGUUAAUUCGGUUGGAUUAUGGAACAGAUCUGAGCAUGAGGUCUUGAAUUUGACAACUCCUUUCCUGAGCUACACUUUUCCAAUUCCAAAUCGUUCAAUGCCACUGUUGGAAUUAGAACUGACUCUCAUGUACGUCCUCACCCAGUUCUCGUUUUUCUUUCUCAAGAUGUUUGGCCUCUCUAGCUUUAUCGCUCAAAUUGUGGCUGGAAUACUCCUAGGUGAUGUGGGAUUUCAUCAAAUUACAGAAACGAAAUAUCUUCAAAAUCCCAUGUUUACCUUUACCAAUCAAGAAAUACUGAAUCUUAUAGCUUUGUUUGGAUAUACGCUCUUUCUGUUCUUAAUCGGAGUACAAAUCGAUUUGAGCCUAAUCAGAAAAACUGGAAGAAAGGCCGUGUACGUUGGAGUUUCAAACUUCCUCGUGCCUUUGAUGGUUGGCAUGGCAGCCGUUCUUUACUUUCACCUUAACUGGCCAUUAGGGAACGGACAAGUUGUUCAGCUUUUAUUUGCUACAGCUAUCCAGUGCUCAACUACGACUCCAGUCAUUGCUUCUCUCCUUAAUCAGCUUAAGAUUCUGAACUCGGAACUUGGCCGACUUGGAUUGUCUUCUGUACUCAUCAGUGACCUACUUUAUGUGAUCGUCGUUGUGUUCGGAUUUACUGCUAAGAGCGUGGACUUUGAUCUUUUAACAGGUGCACGAAACUUAGGCGUAUUAGUGGUUUUUAUUCUGAUUGUUAUCUACGUCUGUCGCCCAAUUAUGGUUUGGAUGAUCGAACAAACUCCUAAGGGGAGAGUUGUGAAGAACACUUACGUGUUGUUCAUCAUGAUAGCGUUUUUGUUCUCCGGGUUGAUUACACACUUGUGCGGUAUGACUGUUACGGCCGGACCUUUUAUCCUAGGUUUGGCUGUGCCUAGUGGACCGCCAUUAGGAUCAACAUUGGUGAAGAAGCUCGACUUUAUCACCAACUGGGUGUUCAUGCCGGUGUUUGUAAUAACAUGCAUGAUGAGGGUUACUGUACGGCUAAAUGGAAACGAGUACGGAACAGUGCCGCGUGCUCACUACUACGUAUUUCUCGCAACCGCAAUCAUCAUCGGUUUAGUAUUUGUCAGCAAAUUUUUCGCCUCUUUGGUGCCUGCCUUGUGUUGCAAGAUGCCUAUUAGAGAUGCAAUGGCACUUGCUCUCAUACUAAGCAGUCAAGGUGUGCUUGAGAUGGCCGUGUACUCUUUGGCUCGAGACACUUGGGUUAUAACUUUAUCAAUGUAUGAUGCUCUGGUUUGUGGCGUGGUAGUAAAUGCAAUCAUCAUCCCACCCUUGGUAAAACGAUUGUACGAUCCUAAGAGAAAAUACACAGGCUAUGAGAAAAGAAACAUGUCGAAUUGCAAACCUAAUUCCGAGCUUCGGAUCCUCGCAUGUGUCACCAGAUCGGACAACACUCCGGCCAUCAUUAACCUCCUUGACACUGCAUGUCCGACACAAGAGAGCCCGAUUUUUGUGUCCGUCCUCCACCUCGUCGAGCUAGUCGGCCGGACCACUCCGAUCUUCAUUUCUCACAACAAACAAAAGAGAACCAUCUCCAACUUCUCCUGCUCGGAAAAUGUGAUCCUCUCCUUUGAUCAUUUCCAAAGGGACAACGCCGGAGCAGUGAACGUGAACAUGUUCACGUCCAUUACGCCAGCACAGUACAUGCACGACGAUAUAUGUACCCUCGCGCUUGACAAGCUCACAUCACUUAUAAUCCUCCCUUUCCAUCGGAAAUGGUCGACCCUAGGCUCAAAUAGUACAAUCGAAUCGGAGAACGAGAAAAUACGAGCAGUGAAUAUCAGCGUGCUUGAAACAGCGCCCUGUUCAGUUGGUAUUCUUGUGAAUCGUGGACGCAUAAAAAUCUUGGAGCCCGUCAUGGAAUUAGAGAUGUUUAAGGUGGCAAUGAUUUUCUUGGGAGGAAACGACGACAGGGAAGCACUCGUCUUCGCCAGACGCAUGGCCAGGGACUCGUGCAUAAGCCUGACGGUGAUUCAUUUGCUUGAUGCAGUCGAAUGCGAGGGGGAGGACGACGACGGCAACAAGUUCAACAAAGCCAAAUUGGAGAAGCUUCAGGAGCGGGAGAUGUUGAGGUAUAUGAACCUGAAUAGUGGGAACGGGUACGUGAAUUAUGUGGAGGAGGUGGUGGAAGACGCAGCGCAAACGACGACGAAAAUUAGGUCAUUGCUGGAAGAAGAUGAAUACGACUUGUUUAUUGUGGGACGACGAUACGAGGUGAAGAGUGCUCAGACAUUAGGACUUGAACAAUGGAGUGAGUUCCCAGAGUUGGGGGUUAUCGGAGACUUGCUAGCCUCCACAGACACGCAGAGCAAAGCUAGCGUAUUGGUGGUUCAGCAGCAACAGCAAAAAUGA